GUUAGUUGCUCUUCGCUAUAACUUUGUUGCCACUUUCGCCAACCUACCUUCCCUGCCUGCUUACCACCUCUCUCCAUCUCUCCCUCCCUGUCCGCGUCUGUGACAAUGCUUGGAGCUCACUCAUGCCUCCGCACAGUAUCAGGCUAUAGCAUUUUGUCGGAUCAGAGAAAUGCGACUCCCUCGUCUUCAAUCGUCAGUCUUUCCUCUUCCUCAUCGUUUCAAUACAUGUCGAUUCGGUUAUGCCUAACCACAAAACGAUGUCGUAUCCCGAAACCGAUCUCCAUUUCUUGCAGUUCCUCUCACGGAAGCUUUGAUGCCCGAUCCAAUGCUGACGGUGAUUCCCACCCUGACUAUCUUCAAGCUUCCCUCCUUGUUUCAGAGACCAUCUUGCACUACCGCAUGAGACAACAAGGGUUUCAAGAUGAAAUCAAAUGGCAAUCUUCUCGGCACUUGCAUCCCAGUUCUGUCCUGACAAAGGCAUCAAAGCCUCAUUUCAGUCCGAUUGGGCUCAGUUUCUUUCGUCGGUUUCACAGUCCAACAAUUUUUUUGAAGAUUUCUUGUGAUGGUGACUUUCUACUCCCGAUUAUUGUGGGGGAAUUUGCUAUUGAAAAACUGGUAGAUUCCUUAUAUGGGGAUGAUAAUGGGGAUUGUCCAGACCAGUUCCAGUUCAUGAGCAACGUUGUGGACGAACUUGGAUAUAAAGUAUGGGAUACUUGUUUCUUUGCAUUAGACUUUAAUCGCCUGUUUUCGCAACAUGUAUGCAUGGUUAAUUAUCACUAUGUUUUGCAUUUCUCUUCCUCCUUUAUGCUGAAACCUAUUCUACUUUUCCAUAUUACAUGCAUUUUUCAGAUGAAUAGUUCCCAAAAGCUGCUGUUAUAUUUGGUUGCAAUUUGUUUCAUGCAGGCACCCAUAUAUGUAAAUAAAGAAAUUGUCUUGGCUGAUGCUAUUAGAAUCAGUCAUGGAAUGGGCACAUUGCAGAGUACAAAGUCUGUCUAUGAUGUUACUCUUGACAGCGCUGCAGAUGGUCCAGACUUGCUAACUGAGGAACUUAAUCUGGUGAGAAACAUGAAUUUAGCUGUCAAAGAGGAAAGGUACAAUGAUGCAGCAUCGUUGAAAGAGAAAUUAGUGAAGCUUCGCAAGUCAAUGCAUGAGAAUUAGCAAUUUCAAAGCAACAUCCGCCUGCAUAUGUUUAUUAUCCGAAAGUGGGAAGUAUCCACAAUGUUUGCUUCUGGAUAAGUUGGUGUCUUCCCAGUCUAUGGAAGUAAGUCCAGUUAUCUGAUUGGAGGUGACAAAAUGGACAACCAGUAUAAUUAAACCUAGAAGCAUCGGGCAUAGCAGUUAUAUAGGUUUGCUGUUGUUCAGAGGUCUAACAUAGGAGGAGGGGUGCAUAGUCAAGAAUGAUAGGAAAUCAUAGGUACACGUUCCACCAACAUAGGACUUUCCGUUGCCAGGCUGUAAAUCUGGGCAAGGGAUUUGGUUGAAUUGUUGUCAACCACAAAGGAUGUUUUCCUUGACAUGGUGAUGUUGAUAUUAGAGAACCAAAACCGUAAUCCCAGUUAUACUCCUGUGGACAGCUUACAGAUUUGUAUGUAUUCUUAAAUAUGUUGAUGUACAGCAAGAAAAUGCGUUGGCCUGAGCUUCUAGUUUUCACUUGAGGGACACUGAGGUCACAGUAGAGAGAAUGUGAUUUUUGAUGGAAUAUGAUAACAAGACUCUAUUACCGUGUACUUGUGACAAAACAAUGUUACCCAGAAAGUGAAAUUUGAUUUACAUUGAAA